AUGUACAAGACUGCUUCCAAUAAGUUAAAUAUGGGUUUACGACUGCUACUUAUAUAUGUGCGUAACGUACGUUCCGAAUUACUGGUAUCACAGUAUCAGCGCCCAGAUGCACCUAGCAGAUCUACGACAAAUAUUAGCGCUCAAA